GGGGCAGCAAAUGAGGUUGCUGCGUUCUUCGCGCUGAACAAGGGAGACCAACUUUAAAUUGCGUGAGACAUGCAGCGCUCCGGAAGCACGCCGACGCAAAACGCCGCCCCUUUCUUCUCGACCCUUUUUGGCGGAGGUAGAGGUAACACCACCAAUACCAACACCGACACCAACACCAACACUAGCAACGACCUUGGAUCAUCGCCCAGCGGCAAAUCGCCCGCGAGGUCCAGGCCGCCGACCAGCGCGGGCGAAGAAAGCCCUCGGCAGAAAAACGUGCUCCGCAAGGACCGCAAACCCUCCUUCGGCCGCAAGCCUUCCUUCAGCUGGACGUCGCCCGGCAGAGGCAGCAAAUCCCGCGCAAAUUCCUCGUCCUCGGCCAAUGGCGGCGGAGUUCCUAACUUUCGUCCCCCAGCAGUCCAGCUGUUCCCCGAUCCUAACCCCGUUCCUCCGCUCCCCGACUUUGCCCUCGCCUCGGCCGCCCACAUCUCCCGCGAAACCGACGCCAUAGCCCCGUCCCCCGCCUCCGCCGAGAGCUUCUCUCUCAAGAUGCUGAGCCGCGGCGCCCCGACGCCCAUAAAUGGCUAUCCCGUCCAACUGCCGCCGUCAAUUUCCAUGGGCGGCGGCGGCGCAAUGAGCGAGCUGAGCAGCGUGCAUCAGCACAUUCAAGAGACAGCCAACAAGAGGAUAUCAACACUAGACUAUCUACGCAAGGUCCACGAAGGCCGCAUGUACUGGUUCAACACGCUCCUCUUUGACAAGCCAGAUCUGCAACGCAUGCCCUACUACGACAGCCGCAAGCUCGGCCGCCGCGCGACCAACUACCUGAUGCUGGGCAUCUCGCUGCCAGCCGUGCUGGACCCGAACGCGCACCAUCCGGUCGAGUUCCUCCGCGCGCUCAACGCCGUGCUCACCGAAUUCGACAGCUUCCAACAGCUCCACUCCGAAUCCGGCACCACUCCGUCUUCACUCACCCGCGCCGCCCGCAUCCCGCAAAUGUUCCGCCGCGCGACCGCCCCCGUGUCCAAGGGCCGCCGAAGCAGCAGCAGCGCCGCCGCUAGCGCCGUUAGCGUUGGUGGCGGCGGCGGUGUCGGCGGCGGUGGUGGUGGGGAUAUCGGUCUCGGCAUGGGGGGAUACGGCCUCGAGCAGGUAGAGAGCAACACGGCCGGCGCCCCACCCUCUCUGGCUCCGGAGCUCCAACACGCCGCCAUCAGCGACGGGAGCAGCAGCAGCAUCAUAACCCCCGCCUCCGGCCCCGUGGUGGGGGGAGGGACGACCACAACAACAGCAACGACGACGACGACGACGACGACGACGACGACGACGACGACGACGAGCAUAAACUUUGCCGCGUCCGAGGUCGAUCUGCUUCCGGGGGAGGAAUACACACAUCUCCUGACCCCCGCGCUGCCGUUCGACCCGGACUUCUUCGAGACGUUCGCCACGCUGUGCGACGUGCUCAUCGAGACGUACGCGCGCAUCCUCAGCCUGUGUCCCACGCCGCGCGAGUGCGGUGGCGCCGUGGCCGAGCUCUUUUCCAAGGCCGACGCAAAAGUCCGCAAGCUGCUCCUCCAGGGCGUCAUGCGCGAGUUUGAGGACGCCAGCCGCGCCGGGGUCAAGAGCGAGGUGGCGAAUGUUGGGAAGGUCGUUCUCAGUGGGUUGAUGUAGGACAUUGAGAAAUAGGGAGGGAAGGGGGGUGUGGGCAUAUGAGGAAGAAUGUUUGGGGCGGAUGGUAGGGUAUGCAUACACCCCUGAAUGGACUGGGGGAGCCUGGCGUUUGGAAGGUCAAUCUGGCUUGGAAAGAUAUCCUUAUGUCUCGUUACGUUAUCAAACUGGGUGCAGCGGGAGAUGAUAGUUAGACCUUAUUUGUUCUUAUAUUGCGAGGAGACUAGGACAGCCAAGUUCUCCUCUUGGAACUACAAUAAUCAUAACACAGCAUGCAGAUGCAUCCGUUGAAUCAAGAAUAAUCAGCAAAGGAAAAUG